ACGAGGUGUCGCUGCUGUCGCCAGACUGGGACGAUGAUGCAGACGAAGCAGACAGCUUCACCCAGCGCGACGGCUCCAAUACACUCACUCGUGGCUUCCAUCCACCUGUCUCGCAUGCUCGUGUUGCCUUUGCGGAUUUGAACCCCCAGCAAAAUUUGGCACACGAUUUCUCACCUGCACGCCCCAAACAACGCUUGACCUCCACCUUGGAUCAGACCUGUGGUAACGACACCAACAACGAUACCGAUGAGUUCCUGUUGCUUCAACACAGACCAUCAGUUGACCGGAAGUACUAUCCUUGCUCAAACCUGGACAUCCCUUUCAGAUUACCGAUUCUGCAGUCUGCACCAUAUCAGAACUUGGAGGACAACUACAACGCCCUGCCCAACAAUUCGGCGAACAUCAAUAUGGAAGGCGGGGGAGUGAGCGUUCCCGAAGCGCCAAUACUUUGUGAGGAUGUCUCUCUAAUGCAGAACAUUGAACUGUCCACCCUCAAGUUCAUGGACUCACCAUCGGUAGAGGACAGUCUGAACGACUGGAACCUACCUCCAUCUUCUCAGAUAAACUCCUGUUCCACCACAACAACUGGAGUGAAUGACUCCUACUCCACCACAACUGGGGGAGUGAAUGACUACAGCACACUUGUGUCCAGUGAUCGGAUACAUCUUUCAGCUAUGGGAUGUUCAGAUGACGAAAACGGCAAAGUCCGAAAUGUUCAGAGAGACAUCGGCGCAACCGUCAACUAUACAAACAAGGUUACAGACAGCAUGGAAAUACCAGGCAUCACCCACCACCCAGGGCUCCUACAGCAGACCCCUGUUGCCUGCUGUACCUCUUGUCUGCACAUUAACACCUGCGAAUCUUAUAACGAUACCGAGUUCCUGGUCACCGACCACAGCAACAGUCACCACCACCCACACAGCUACUCGUUGCCACAUCCACACCGACGCCUUCAGCAUGUCAGUUACCAGGAACCAGACACAGAACACCACCCACACAGCUACCCGUUGCCUCAUCCUCACCGACGCCUUCAGCAUGUCAGUUACCAGGAACCGGACACAGAACACCACCAUCAGCAUCACCACGUUCCCCACAGCGGAGCGGGUCACACGCCAAGACAUUCCAUCAUCUCCCAUACUCACAGCCCUUACCAUCAGCAGCCGUGUUGUACCGGAGGUGGGCAUCCAACCUUUAACUGUGAUCGGCGCCUCCCGGACUACGUGACUAUCGACCAGUGCUACAGUGGCGUGGAUGACUCUGAAUGCCGGACUAUCUGUCUGAUCGCCAACUUUGAUGUCGGCGGCGCUAAGAAAGACGCGGAUCAGCGAGAAGAUCAGGCACCUGUGACUGUGCGAGGCCUGCAAGGGGAAAGUCUGCCCAAGAAAGAUAAAACAGCGCCGAGACGGAGCGUAGUCAUACGCCAAGUGGCUGUCAACCCUCCCAAAGUGGAGCAGCCGGUUCAUUUGCUCUCAG